GUUUCCGGAGCGGAGGGCAAGUUAGGAGCGUCUGAAGCUGGGACCGCUGCUCGCAGUCGCCCGCUGAACCUCGGGCUCUGCAGCGUAUGCUGCUGGGCGGGGCGUCAUGGCCAGGGCCUGAGAGCCGCUCGCUCAGGCCUAAGUUUCCUCAGCUGUGCAUUGGGACCAGAUGCGGCGCCGCCUCCAGGGUCGGCCCUGAAGAGAGGCCGCACCCUCACGGGGACUGCAUCUCCCAGAGUGCCCUGCGGACGGCCGGACGCCAUCUCCCAGAGCGCCCCGCGGGCGGGCGGCGGCGGGACUCCAUCUCCCGCAGUGCCUCUCGGGCGGCCGGGCGGCGGCUGCCGCAGCCGGGCCUGGGCGCAGUGGCGUCUUCCCCGCGUCGGGGCGGCGGCCUCGCCGGACAGCUUCCCGGCGGCGGCGCGAUGUACAGCCCCGAGGUGACCUUCACUCUCGCCUAUCUGGUCUUCGCCGUGUGCUUUGUGUUCACGCCCAACGAGUUCCACGCGGCGGGGCUCACGGUGCAGAACCUGCUGUCGGGCUGGCUGGGCAGCGAGGACGCCGCCUUCGUGCCCUUCCACCUGCGCCGCACGGCCGCCACGCUGCUGUGCCACUCGCUGCUGCCGCUCGGCUAUUACGUGGGCAUGGGCCUCGCAGCUUCAGAAAAGCAGCUCCACUCCCCCAGCCAGGCCCCUGAGGCCUGGCGGCUCUUCCUGCUGCUGGCUGUGACCCUCCCCUCCGUCACCUGCAUCCUCAUCUACUACUGGUCCCGUGACCGGUGGACCUGCCACCCACUGGCACGCACCCUGGCGCUCUACGCCCUCCCACAAUCGGGCUGGCAGGCUGUCGCCUCCUCCGUCAACACCGAGUUCCGGCGGAUUGACAAGUUUGCCACCGGCGCACCGGGUGCCCGUGUGAUUGUGACAGACACGUGGGUGAUGAAGGUGACCACCUACCGAGUGCAUGUGGCGCAGCAGCAGGACGUGCACCUGACUGUGACGGAGUCCCGACAGCACGAGCUUUCGCCAGACUCCAACCUGCCCGUGCAGCUCCUCACCAUCCGAGUGGCCAGUGCCAACCCUGCAGUACAGGCCUUUGACAUCCGGCUAAACUCCACUGAGUACGGGGAGCUGUGUGAGAAGCUCCGGGCACCCAUCCGCAGUGCAGCCCAUGUGGUCAUCCACCAGAGCCUAGGUGACCUGUUCCUGGAGACAUUUGCCUCCCUGGUAGAGGUCAACCCCACCUACUCAAUGCCCAGCAGCCAGGAGCUGGAGGCCUGCAUAGGCUGUAUGCAGACUCGUGCCAGCGUGAAGCUGGUGAAGACCUGCCAGGAGGCAGCGGUGGGCGAGUGCCAGCAGUGCUACUGCCGCCCCAUGUGGUGCCUCACGUGCAUGGGCAGGUGGUUUGCCAGUCGCCAGGACCCCCUGCGCCCCGACACCUGGCUAGCCAGCCGCGUGCCCUGCCCCACCUGCCGCGCACGCUUCUGUAUCCUGGAUGUGUGCACCAUACGCUGAGCGGGCUGGGCCUUGAGGAGCCUGGUGACUCUGUUCCCCCGGCCACAGGGUGGGGAGGGGGUGGCUGGGCCUCCGAGCUGGCAAAGGGUACUACCUAAAGCACUUGAUCUGUAGCAACUCGCCUCUGCGCUGGUCUGCAGAAGGCUGAGGACUUCUGGUUAAAAGCAGUCCUGAUGAACACCCCCCACCCUGCUUGGCAGCCAGGAGACAAGUCCUUGGCACCUCCUCUUUGCCUCCCUCCCAUCCCUUCCUGCAGGUAGGGCCAGAUACUGCACACACACAGCACAGCAUUGGUCGCCGAGGCCAUUCCCUGGAGACCCCGGGUCUGCUCCAGUGGUCCUCACCUGGGCCACUUGCCUUAAUUCUCUGGAGCAAACCCGCCCUCAUUUAUGUGCCAGGCCCAGAUCAGCCUUCUCCCGCCCUAUCCUGGAGCUGCUCCUGGCUGCCUGGAGAGCUCUGGGUAUGUCCCGACGGUGGGGUAGAGAACAGGGCAUGGCUCUGGUGUGGGAGCAGUCCUGGGGCUUCCUGGUGGCUUUGGCAUUGGGGGGCAAUUCCUGGGUGGCAUGGCGGGCCAGGCCAGAGUGCCCUCAUUGGGGGAGCUGUCCCCCCAGGGGUUCUCACCCUGUCCUUGGUGCCUCCUGCUGCCCCCAGAAGUCCAGGGAAGGUGGAGGCCUCAGAGUCCUGGGUAGGGGUGGGGGUUUGAACUGAGGACCAUAGUGUCACAGUGACAUCCAGAACACAAGCCCACAAAGCAUCCUGCACAGGCUGCCCACUCCCCUAGGACCUGCCGGGCUCAGAAGGGUAUGCAUGCCUGCUGUGGUUGAGGCUCUGGUGAGCGUCUUGCCUGGUUCCUGAUGGUUCAAGGGGAGGGGGAGGCGUUGUCCAGGACCCAGGGCACAGCCCUGACAGGUGUGGCUACUGGAGUGGCUCUCACACCUGCAGCCCUGGGCAUGGCUGAUUCCAGCCGAGGUGAUGGACUCAGGUGGCCUGACCCCCUGGAUUUGGGAGGCUUCCUGAGGCAGCAGGGGCCAUGGCCAGGAGCCGGGCCAUGGCCAGGAGCCGGACCUAGCCGUGGUCCUGAGUUUUAAGGGCUGCCAAAGAGGGUCAGUGGGUUGGGGUGGUUUUUACUACAAAAGAAGUGAGUUUUAUAAAGACAAACCUAUUGUAGCCAAAUGACAGUGUAUUUAAUAAAAUUUGGUCUGAAGUGA